AGAACAAGUUCUUCUUUCUCGAACCUUCUUCGCUUAGUUUGGUUCUCUGAUUUCUUCUUCAUCUUUGCUUGAUUUCAUACAAUCUAACAGGCCUGAAGGUGACCUUCCUCAACACCAUCCACAACCAAGAACGCCUCCUCCGCCACACCAAUGUCCAAACUCGUUUCGAGAAAUCCCGGUUUUCGAUUCGUCACAAUACCUGACGGCCUUCCCGAGGAACACCCGCGCUCGUUCGAUCAAUUCGGGGAUAUUAUCAGCUCCGUGCAGACCGUGACAGAGCCUUUUCUUAGAGAAAUGCUUAGAAGUGGAGCCAAAGAACCCGAGUUCAAGUUAUUUUCUUAGGGUUUACAUGUGUCUGCCAAAACUCAUCGAAUCUGGCGAGCUUCCCUUCAAAGACAAUGACUUGGAUGCAUCGGUAACACAUAUACCUGCCAUGGAAGGUCUUCUUCGCCGACGAGAUCUUCCACCCUUUUGUCACAUGGAUUAUAAGACUCAUCCAGAUUUCCUAGCUGCUUUUAAGCAAGUUCAGCGAAUCCCACAAUCCCAUGGUCUUAUAUUGAAUACAUUUGAAGAUUUAGACAGGCCUUUUCUUUCUUGUAUUCGCUCUUACUCUCCGAAAACAUAUGCAAUUGGGCCACUACACUUGCACUUAAAGGCUAAACUUGCUUCAAAAAACACUCCAUCAUCAAAUAAUUUGUGGGAAGAAGAUCAUAGUUCUAUUAAAUGGCUUGAUGCGCAGCCCAUGGGAUCAGUACAUUAUGUGACUUUUGGAAGUGUUGUAGUUGUAUCAAAGGAGGAAGUUUUGGAAUUUCAACAUGGCUUAUUGAAUAGUAAAGUUAAAUUUUUGUGGGUUAUGAGGCCCAACAUUUUGAAGGAAGGCGAAAUAGACGUCCAAUUUAUGAAGGAACUUGCAGAGGGUUGCAAUGGAAAUGGCUACAUAGUGAGUUGGGCUCCCCAAAAGAUGGUACUGGCCCACCCAUCCAUCGCUGGUUUUUAAACGGAAUUUUUACCUCAUAUAACAAAAGUUGAUAUCUUACUUAUUUUAAAUAAAUAUAUUUUAAAAAAAUUAUAUUCCAUAGAUACCUUUUGAUUUUUAUAGCCAAAUAUCUA